GCCAUUACAGUCAACAAAAUUUGAUGCAAGUGUGUGUUUAGAAUUAUCAGUUAGGCAUUAUAUUCGAAAAUAAAGCAGGCUCAGAUUCAUUCGGCUGAUCAAAUUUAUUGAGGAUUGAAUGAGCAGAGAUGUCAGAUUAUUUCGAGGAAAUGGGAUGGACCCCACUCCGAGACGGAGAGACACCUAAUGUACUAUUACAAAUGGCGCGAUUUUUGCGAGAUGUUGGAAUGUGGGAUAUGUUGGGACAGGAUGAAAAAUUACCACCCCCUGCAUCAAAAGCAGCAGUAGAAGCACUCGAGGAAAUUAAAAUUACCGAUGCUGGAUCCAAACAGUGUCCUGUAUGUUUAAAAGCAUUCGAAAGUAGUGAAAUUGCUAAAUCUCUGCCUUGUCAACACUCAUUUCACAAAGAGUGUAUAAUUCCUUGGUUGGAUAAGACCAAUUCGUGUCCACUCUGUCGGCACGAGUUACCUACAGAUGAUGAGGACUAUGAAAUGUAUAGGAAGGAAAAGUUGAGGGCAGUGGAACGAGAAAAAGAUUUGGAGACAUUGCACAAUUCUAUGUUUGGUUAACAAAAUUGUUGGAAUUUUUGAAAAUUAUUUGGGAGGUUUUUGCCAUCAUGGUUAUGUCAAUAGAAAUAAAAUCAAUAUAAGUAAGGC